AUGGCUGCAAUCUCUUGGGCCGACGGUGUCGGUAACAAGCCCGACCCAAGACCUCACCUGCAUGCUCCGAUGGCCGCAGGGUCCGCGAUGUCGGGCUCCAAGUCCGCCGCCUUUCCCCCUUUGACCUCCGCCACCGCCUCGCCCGUCGGCACCUUCGCCGUCUUUGUAGAGGAGGGCCCCCCUCCUGUCGCGUCGCCGUCAUUAGUCGUCGACCCGACCGAGACCGGGGUUGGCCUAGCCCCAAUUCUCCCCCCCCCCCCCUGA